AUGAAAUCUAUUUUUAUUUUAUCAUGCUUAUUGUACCUCCUCAUAGGAUAAAAUUGUAAGAUUAAGGUCAAAUUUAGGUAACUAUAGCUGUUUAUCAUGCGAUGUAAAUGAUGGCAAUAUUUGUAAAACUUGCGAUACAAAAACCAGAAUUUUAAGAGAUGGGAAGUGUGAAUGCAAGGAUGGAUUUGUAGAAAUGUAAAAUAUUCAAUCUUCAGAAUGUUUAUGUAAUUAAUUAAUUUUAUAAUUUAAAGAGUGUUCAUAAAAUUGCAUAACAUGCGAUAUUACUAAAAGGGAUUUAUGUUUGAGUUGUGGUGAAAGUACUAAAACAUUUAGAGAAUUAAAAAACUAUAAUUGUGUUUGUAUUGAAGGCUAUUAGCAGGUUUCUUAUUAAUAUGCAUGUGAAUCUAAUAAUUGGGAUAAAAGACUUCAUACAUUUAGGUAUAAAACUGAUACAAAUAAAAAAUAUUGGUCAAGUGUUGUAAAUUAUUUUGAUAAUACUGGAAUUUAGGAGUAAUUAAUUAAGAUGAUUAAUAAAUCAUAUUUAUAAGAUACAUAAGAGAGCUCAGUUUUAAAAUAUUCAUUUGACUUAGAAAAUAAUUAAAAAUAAUAUUUUUAUAGAUAAACAACUCCUAUUGGUGAAUUUUAUUAAUAAUUAGAUUAAAAUUUAUUUGCAGUAGGAUAUUUGUAACCAAAAUCUCCAUAAAGUGUUUUAUGGGGAUUUGGUUAAAUUGAAUUAGGAUGGGAAAGUUAAGUAUAUUUUACAAGCAGGAAAUUAGAUGUUUAAUGGAAUGCAAGAUUAUAUUAAUAUUUUAAAAAUGGUUAAGUAUUCCUUUAAACAAUAUUAUCAGAAUAAUUAUAAAUAACAAACAGAUUAUUAAUUGAAGAUUAUUCUUAAUAUAAUAUGAUUUAUUUUUUUUAUAUAGGAUAUAAAUUGAAUAGAUUUUUGAGAGAUUACGAAUUAGAAAAAUUAAUAGAUUAUUUAAUGAAUUUAGUUAAUGGAUGUUAAUCUUAUUGUUCAGAUUGUAAUUUUAAUUAGAAUUAAUAAUAAUGUUAAUUUUGUGAUUUGAAUAGACAAGAUGAUUUAGGGUAUUGUAAGUGUAUUUUUGAAACUAAUGAUUAAACUAAAUGUUAUCAACCAUGUAAUCUUGAUACUUGUGAUACAUGUGUAAAUGGAGUAUGUGUAGAAUGUCCGAUUGAAUAAUCUCCUCCAUGUGAUAAUCCUAACAUAAAAUGUGAUUAUGGAUAUUAUUCAGAGGAUCUUUAAUGUAAGAAAUGUGAAAGUCCAUGUAUUGAAUGCAUAUCAAAAGACUAAUGUAAUAAAUGUAUGGAUUCGUAUUAUUUAAAUGCUUAAAAUUCUUGUGAACUUUGUAAAAGUCCAUGUAAAUUGUGUAAAAAUGAUAAUGAUUGUAUUACAUGUGUAGAAAAGUAUUAUGUUUAAGAUUAGUAAUGCAUUUCAUGUACAACUAUUGAUAGUUGUGAAGAUUGUUAAGAGAAUAAUAAAUGUCUAACAUGUAUCAAAGGAAAAUUUAGUGAUGCUUAAGGAUAGUGUGUGAAUUGUCCAUAAAAUUGUACUUCUUGCACUGCUUUAGAUUAUUGUUAAGGAUGCAUUGAUGGAUAUUAUAAUGUUUUUGGAUUUUGUAAUUCCUGUAAAUCUAUUUGUUCAAGAUGCAUUAAUAGUUCUUUUUGUAAUAAAUGUAUAUAAGGAUACUUUUUAAAAUAAUAUAAUUGUUUACUUUGUGCUGUUGGUUGUGAAAUUUGCUUUGAAAAUAAAGAUAAUUGUUUUAUGUGUAAACCUGGAUACGUAUUAAUUAAAAAUUCAUGUGUAUAAUGCCAAAGUCCAUGCAAAUAAUGUGAUGUAAAUAUUAAUAAAUGUUUGUCAUGUAUUAAUAACUAUUAUCUAAAUUCAAACAAUGAAUGCAUAAAUUGUAAUAUUGGAUGUAUAAAUUGUUAUUCUGAUAAAUUUUGUUUAAGUUGUUAAAAUGGAUAUUAUUUAGAGAAUAAUUUUUGUUUUUAGUGUCUCUCUGGAUGUUAAAAAUGUUAAAAUGCUUAGACAUGUGAUUCUUGUAAGAAUGGAUAUUAUUUUGAAGAAAACACUAAAUUAUGCAUUUCUUGUCCAACCGAAUGUUAAUUAGAUUGUACUUAUAAAAAUAAUUCCGUUAUUUGUAACACCUGUUCUAAAGGCUAUUAUAAAAAUCCAAAUAAUCUUUUAUGUGAAAUCUGUUAAUCACCCUGUCUUAAUUGUAAAUAAAUUAAUUCUAAAUGUAUUGAUUGCAUUAGUGGUUAUUAUUUAAAUAAUGAAAUAUGCAUUUCAUGCGACAUUAUUAAUUGUAGGGAAUGUUUAAAUUCUACUUAAUGCAAUUUAUGUCAAGAUGGAUAUUUAUUAAAUGAUAACAAUUAAUGCUAAUUACAAAAUAGUAAUUGUGAUUCUCAUCAAAUAUAAAUUUCUAAUAGUAUAGGAUGUUAAGAAUGUUCCUAAAAUUGUCAAUCUUGUUAUGGUAUUUAAUAAGAAUAAUGUAUAUCAUGUUAAUAAGGAUAUUAUUUAAAUUAAUGGAAUUAAUGUCGCAAAUGUAAGUAUCCUUGCAAUGAAUGUACAAAUGAAUCUAAUUGUAUCUCUUGUUAAUAUAGUAUGUUUUUAGAUGUGAAUAAUUAAUGUCAAUUUUGUGAUAGUAAUAAAUGUAAAAAAUGUAAUUCAACAAAUUUUAUUUGUGAAGAAUGCUUUGAUGGAUAUUAUUUAAAAAAUUAGAUUUGUGAAUCAUGCUAACCUAAUUGUAGAAGUUGCUAAACAAAUGAUCUUUGCAUAACAUGUUCUGAAGGAUUUUUUCUUAAUUAGAGUUCUUAAUGUACAAAAUGUCUUGAUGAAAAUUGUAUCUAUUGUUCCAAUACAGGACUAAGUAUUGAAUGCAAAGAAAAUUAUACCAUAGAUUCAAAUUAAAAGUGUUAUUUGGAAGUGAGCCCAAUAAAAUUUUGUGCUAAAAGUUUUAAUAAUUUUGAAUGUGAAGUUUGUUAACUUGGUACAUUUAAACUUUCAUCAAAUUAAUGCAGUUUAUGUAAUGAUAAUUGUAGAACCUGUUAAAAUACUCCAACAUUUUGUUUGUCCUGUAAUUCAAAAUUUUAUCUUAAUUCAAAGAAUGAAUGUGAUGUUUGUACAGUAGGAUGUUUAGAAUGUUAAAAUAAUGCAGAUUAUUGUUAAUCUUGCGACUCAAAUUAUUUAUUAAUAGAAAAUGAAUAGAAAUGUCAAAAAUGUUAUAUUAAAUGUAAAACAUGUAUAUAAAAAAUUGAGAAUUGUUCUAGUUGUUAUUUACAAUAUUAUCUUUAAGAUAAUGAUUGUAUUGACUGUCCAAAAGGUUGUAAAACUUGUGAUUCAUCGACAGUAUGUACAAGUUGUUUAACAAAGUUUUUUUAAAAAGAUACUUAAUGUUUAAAAUGUCCACUUGAUUGCUAAACAUGUACAUCUUAUUCAGUUUGUACAAGUUGUAUAGCAAAUUAUUAUUAAGAUGGAAAUUCUUGUAAGCUAUGUCCUUAAAAAUGCAAGAAUACUUGUUAUAAGGAUGGAUCUUAAAUAUAUUGUUCAGAAUGUAGUAUUGGAUAUUUUAAAAAAAAUAAUGAUUGUUAUUAAUGUAAAUAACCAUGUUCAACUUGUAUAACAAAAGAAGAUGAAUGUACAUCAUGUAUAGGAGGAUAUUAUUUGGCAAUAAAUAAAGAAUGUCCAAAAUGCAGAACUUAACAUUGUAGAUUUUGUUAGAUUCUUACAGGAGAAUGUUUAAAAUGUGAUUAUGGAUAUAUAAUGAGUGAUGUAGAAACAUGUUCAAUUUGUACAUCAUGUAAUUGUCCUGAAAAUCAAUUUUAUGAUUGGGAUUAUGGUAUUUGUAAAGAUUGUGAUAUAUCAUGUAAAAAGUGUUACAUUUCAUCAACUUAAUGCAUAGCCUGUUAAAAUAACUAAUAUUUAGAAAUCACAAAUAAUACAUGUUAAAAUUGUGUAGAACCAUGUAAAACAUGUACAAGUGCUACUUAAUGUUCAUCUUGUUUUGAUGGUAAUUAUUUAUCAAAUGAAAAAAAAUGUUUAAUUUGUUAAUCUCCUUGUAAUCAUUGUUUAGAUAUUUCAAAAUGCUUAAAUUGUAUUAAUAGUUAUUAUUUAAAUGAUUUAACAUGUAUUAAAUGUAAUUCUAAAUGUGAGUUAUGUUCUUCUGAUACUUAAUGCUCUAAAUGUAUUUAAGAUGGAUAAACUUACUAUGAUAACAUUUCAUCUUGUAAAUCUUGUGAAUAUCCAUGUUAAGAAUGUUAUAAUUCAGGAUGUUAACAAUGCCCAUCUAUGUAUUAUAUAUCUGAUCAAAAAUGUAUUCGAUGUUCAGACAACUGCAAAUAAUGUUCUAAUUCAGAAUGUUUUUAAUGUUUAGAUGGAUUUUAUAUUAAUGGUUAAAAUUGUGAAAAAUGCUCACAAAAUUGUUUAUUAUGUACUUCAACAGAAUGUACAAAAUGUAAACCAAAACACUUUUAAAAUGGUUAAUAAUGUGAAAAAUGUAUGGAUAAUUGUAAUGUUUGUGAUUCAUUAACUAUUUGUUCAAAUUGUUUUACUGGAUAUUAUUUUGAUUAAUCACUCCUUAUCUGUUAACCGUGUAAUGAAAACUGUACCUUAUGUACAUCUAAUAAUUGUAUUACAUGUAUUAUAGGAUACUACCCUGUUUAAACUAAUUGUACUAAAUGCAAAGAAAAUUGUCUAUCUUGCACUUCCAAUAUUUGCAAUUAAUGUGUAACUCCAUAUUAAAUAUAUAAUCAGCUUUGUAUACUAUGCAAAACAGGAUGUAAAAAUUGUUCAGAACAGGAAUGCUAUUAAUGUGAAGACAAGUAUUAUUUAGAUCCAAUAACAAAAUUAUGUGUUAAUUGUAAUUCUAAUUGUUUAAGUUGCUCAAGUACAGAUUGUUUAUCUUGUAACUUGGGAUAUUAUGCAAAAGCAUAAAAUUGCAUUCCUUGUGAAUAAAAUUGUUUGUCUUGUUCUUAAAAUGAAUGUCUCUUAUGUAAGGAUUCAUUUUACAUUGAUUAAUAAAAAUGUUUUAAGUGUUAAGAUAAUUGUAAUCAAUGUACAAUUGAUUCUUGCUUUGAAUGUAAAAAAGGAUAUUAUCUUAAUGGAAUAUAAUAAUGUGAAUAAUGUAUUGCACCAUGUAUACAAUGUUCAAGCUAAUCAUCAUGCUCAAUCUGUGCUAAUGGAUCUUAUUUAGAUGAAAAUAAAUGUAUAAAUUGUUCACCAAAUUGUGCUACCUGUACCAAAGACGAAUGCAACUCAUGCAUAGUUUCUUUUCAUUUGAAUAAUAAAUCUUGUAUAUCAUGUUCUACUUAAAAUUGUAAAACUUGUCCAUAAGAUGUUUGUACUCUAUGCUAAACAGGAUAUUGUUCUGCUGAUUCAUAAUGUAAGAAAUGUCCUAGUUCAUGUAAUAUAUGUACUGAUAAUGCAGCAAUUAGUUGUGACUAAUGUGUUGAUAUUAAUUAGAUUUGCCAAAGUGGAUAUUAUUUUGAUCAGAUUAAUCAGAUAUGUUAAAGUAUUUAUAUAAUUUAAUGAAAGAUUGUAAAAUUGAAAAUUGUUCAGAAUGUUAUUCUGAAUUUAUAUGUGUUUCCUGUCUAAAUGGAUAUUCAUUGGCAUCUGAAUAGAAUUAGUGUAAAGAAGAAUAAUAAUUAUCAUUAUAAUAAGAAUCAUAAACUGAAGAAGUAGUUAUAGCUGUUGGAGUUGCUACAGUUACAGCAAUCUCAAUUGUUUUGGCAAUUUUAAUAAAAAAGUUUUCUAUGAUUAAUAUUGCUAUCAAAGCAUUCAAAAAUAUACCUUUUUAGUUUUAGGCAAAUUAAAAUGUAUCAGGAGCUGCUCUAUCUAAUUGGGAAUAAAUACCAAAUUUUAAUUCUGAUUAAUUGGAUUAGAUAUAAAAAGGAUAAAAUUUUUAAAUGUUAUGA